AGUUAAGGAUGAUCCUUAAUUAAGGAUUAAAAUACGGAAGUCCUUAUCGUGCUGGCACACUAUGAUUGGUCCGUUUUUGUGUUGUCUCUCGUUAGGGGAGAAAAAAAACACGCGACCCAACCUCAUUGUAUCUCAAACCCGAAAAAAAAAGCAGAGGAGAAGGAGAGGCGACAGAGAGGCGAUUUGCGAUCCCGACUUGUGAAGGUAAAAUACGAUCUUAAUCUUCUUUUUUUUCCUUCUCGAGUUUAUGCAUGUUGAUUUCAUCACGUUUUAGGGUUCGAUUAAGGUGUUUUAUAAAAUCUAGGGUUUGAAAUCGGAUUGGGGAUUUUUAUCGAUUUAGGGUUUUCGUCUUGGUUUUUUUUUUCAUUUUUGCUUUGGUUGUUUGUUGUUAUCGCCUCGAUUAGAGGUUUAAUCGAUUGAGUUCACAAUCGAAUAAGGUUUUGGUUCUUGAUUUGAAAUUUUUUUUUUUAAUAAGAAUCGUCUCGGUUUGUUUUUUUUUUCAUUUUCGCUUCGGUUGUUUGUUGUUAUCGUCUCGAUUAGAGGUUUAAUCGAUUGAGUUCACAAUCGAUUAAGGUUUUGGUUCUUGAUUUGAAUUUUUUUUACUCUAAUGCAGGUUCUGAAAUGGAUGAAGAACAACGAGAUAUGAAAGCACACAAAGCAUACUACCAGAGGGUUGAUUUCGUAUCAAAUUCGCUGCAGGGGAUUCCCCAACUGUGCCCCUGUGAAUCAAUCACGAAGGAAAUUGUAGAUGAAGAGGAUACAUAUGACUACCUCCUUGGGAAAAGAUACUUCAUCUGCAAAGACUUCGAGAAUGACGGUCUGCAUUACAGGCAACCAUGGGUUAUUGGCGUGCAAGAAGAGGUUGAGAGGCUCAAACUGAAAGUUCUCCGCCAUGAGAACCUUCUUAGAGAGUGUGAGGCACUUAAGGAACAUGUUAAAAUGUUGGUCAACAGGGUUUCUGAACUUGAGGUUAGUCUUUAA